AUGACAGUUCCACAACAAUUUAAAGGUUUCGGUGUUGACAAGGCAGAAAACUGGAAUAAGCCACAAUUAGUUGAAUAUAAAGCUAAAGAUAUUGCAUCUCAUGACGUUGUUUUAGAAAACAUAUGUUGUGGUUUGUGUGGUAGUGAUAUACACACCUUGAAAGGUGCCUGGAUGCCUUUGAAUAGAAACGAUCUUGUUGUCGGUCACGAAAUUAUUGGUAAGGUUAUUGCCGUAGGUAAGGACGUUAAGGAAAUCAAGGUUGGUGAUAGAUGCGGAAUUGGUGCCUGUUCCAAAUCUUGUAUGGAUUGUGAAAGAUGUCAAACCGAUAAUGAACAAUAUUGUCAUAAGAAGGUUGGAACUUACAACUCUGAAGAUUUCGAGACUAAGUAUGUCACUCAAGGUGGUUAUUCUUCUCACUCCAUUGCACACGAACAAUAUGUUUUCCCAAUUCCAGAUGAAUUGGAAUCCGCAGUUGCUGCACCAUUGAUGUGUGCUGGUUUAACUGUCUUCUCCCCAUUAGUCAGAAACCUUGGUGAGAAUGCUAAGGGUAAGACUGUUGGUAUUAUCG